ACUGGAAUGAAAUUGACCCAGUUAAAAAGAAAGACCUUCAUCACAGCAACGGGGAUGAGAAAGCACAGAGCAUGGAGACCCUCCCUCCAGGAAAAGUGCGGUGGCGGGACUUCAACCAGGAAGCUUACGUCGGAGGGACGAUGGUCCGCUCCGGACAGGACCCCUACGCCCGCAACAAAUUCAACCAGGUGGAAAGUGAUAAGCUGCGGAUGGACAGAGCCAUACCUGACACCAGACACGACCAGUGUCAGCGGAAGCAGUGGCGUGUGGACCUGCCGGCCACCAGUGUGGUGAUCACCUUCCACAAUGAAGCCAGGUCGGCCUUGCUGAGGACCGUGGUCAGUGUGCUUAAGAAAAGCCCACCCCACCUCAUAAAAGAGAUCAUCUUGGUAGAUGACUACAGCAAUGACCCUGAAGAUGGGGCCCUCUUGGGGAAAAUUGAGAAGGUACGGGUUCUCAGAAAUGAUCGGCGAGAAGGCCUGAUGCGCUCACGGGUCCGGGGGGCCGACGCGGCCCAGGCCAAGGUGCUGACGUUCCUGGACAGCCACUGCGAGUGCAACGAGCACUGGCUGGAGCCCCUCCUGGAGAGGGUGGCCGAGGACAGGACGCGGGUAGUGUCCCCUAUCAUCGAUGUCAUUAAUAUGGACAACUUCCAGUACGUGGGGGCAUCCGCUGACUUGAAAGGCGGUUUUGACUGGAACUUGGUCUUCAAAUGGGAUUACAUGACCCCAGAGCAGAGGAGAUCCCGGCAGGGGAACCCUGUCGCCCCCAUAAAAACCCCUAUGAUUGCCGGCGGGCUCUUCGUAAUGGACAAGCUCUACUUCGAGGAGCUCGGGAAGUACGACAUGAUGAUGGACGUGUGGGGAGGAGAGAACCUGGAGAUCUCGUUCCGUGUGUGGCAGUGCGGUGGCAGCCUGGAGAUCGUCCCCUGCAGUCGCGUGGGACACGUGUUCCGGAAGCAGCACCCCUACACUUUCCCGGGUGGCAGCGGCACGGUCUUCGCCCGAAACACCCGCCGGGCAGCAGAGGUCUGGAUGGACGAAUACAAAAAUUUCUAUUACGCAGCAGUGCCUUCCGCCAGAAACGUUCCUUAUGGAAAUAUUCAGAGCCGACUGGAGCUCAGGAAGAAACUUAGCUGCAAGCCUUUCAAGUGGUACCUGGAAAACGUCUACCCGGAGCUAAGGGUCCCUGACCACCAGGAUAUAGCUUUUGGGGCCUUGCAGCAGGGAACCAACUGCCUGGACACUUUGGGACAUUUUGCGGAUGGUGUCGUUGGCGUCUACGAGUGUCACAAUGCAGGGGGGAACCAGGAAUGGGCCUUGACGAAGGAGAAGUCGGUGAAACACAUGGACUUGUGCCUGACGGUGGUGGACCGGGCGCCGGGCUCUGUCGUAAAGCUGCAGGGCUGCCGAGAGAACGACACCAGACAGAAAUGGGAGCAGAUCGAGGGCAACUCCAAGCUGCGGCACGUGGGCAGCAACCUGUGCCUGGACAGCCGCGCGGCCAAGAGUGGGGGCCUGAGCGUGGAGGUGUGCGGCCCCGCCCUGUCUCAGCAGUGGAAGUUCACACUCAACCUGCAGCAGUAGGAGAGCCCGCCAGGCGGCCCCCACCGGGCCCCCACACCGGCCGGCUGAGUUUGGAGAUCCUGUUUUCGAUUAUGUUUCUUGAACUUUCUGCGAAACUAUAUACCUCAGUAUUCCAUCAUGGUCGGAACGUCGGAGAACGUGUGUGAGGCACAGGGCCUGGGUGGACGCCGAAGAGGCUGGGAAAGAGACCCGCUCUCCUCGACCCACGGGAGGCGGCUGGGCCCCCUUUCGGAGGCCGCCCCCUCCCCCCGCCCACAGCGACCCCCCAGGGACGGCCGAGGCGCGGGCCCCAGCGCGGCACAGGGAGAGCAGAAGGGGCAUCGCUGCUGUGUCACCGUGAGGAACACUCUGGAAAUCUCCAUUUUUGAUCCCAUCGAAAUCAUGUCUGGUUUCUGCAAUGGUGACCCGAGUCAUUUUGCAGGAUUACGUCGUACGUCCCUGUCCCCACUCCUCUGUUCCCGCUGUCUUCCCAGCACAGACCCCCUCUUCCACAUGAUGUACUUGCUCUAUUUGAAUAGGAACUUUCUACGGUGGGACAGUAAGUAUAAAUAUAUAUAAAAGAAAGAAUGUACGGUCAGUUCCCUAUGGUUUCUGUAGGUCGUCCUCAUCUUGUAAAUUCCCCACAAAGCAGUUAGUUCACGGCCGUAAGGAAGAGGGACGGGGCCCUUUGGGGUGGGGAGAAGGUGGCCUCCAGCGCCUCCCCCACCCCGGAGCCCCACCAGUGAGCAGGUGCUACGGGGGCCACGGGGGGCUUCCCUGCCACUGGGCCCCAGGAGGCUGGGGUGCUGGGGGCCCCUCCACUGGCUCAGCUUGCAAGCCACUGCUCGGUAUUGGAACCUACUUUCUGUGCCCUUGGUAUCUGGAAACCAGGAUGGGUUAUUUUUUUGACAAACAUUACUUUGGGUCUUUUUAAAUUAAUUUUUUUUUCUCUUAGGAAAAAACAAAAAAACAAAACCAAACCCAGGCUUCCAGCUCCCAGUAGGUGACCAUAGGAAGCUGUCCUGGGCUGUCAUGGAGCGAACUGUGUGUGUCCUGGGAGCUGGUCCCUGGGCUCUGGAAUCUGUCCUACUCACGUGGUCCCUCCCUGGCCCAGGGGCCUGCUUUUGGUCAUGGAGGAUUCUGGGCACAGAGCAGGAGGCUUGUGUGUUAGGAAGCAGAUGUCAGUAUAAACCACAAGCCUGUUAGGAACUAAAAGUCAUGACAGGAAGAGAUGCCCAGGAAUGUCCCUACAGCAACCCCCCUUGCCUUUGCAGUGGCCCCACGGUGACAGGGCAGUCCAGGCCUCCCACGGAGGGGCCCCGCCCUCCUUCCUUCUCCCUUCCACAUGUGCGCCCAGUCUCAGAGAGGCUGGCCACCCCGCGUGGUGGGAAGUGUGUCAGAAAUGCACCUCCUUGGGCCCUGAGGGGAGGGCCCAGGAGGUCACAGAGUAAGAAGUGGCCCAGAAGAUUCUGCUGGGCUGAUAGUCUGCAAAGUGCCACUCUCUUCCCUGCCUGUUUCCCGUUUCCAAAAGGGAGCGCUACUGUGUUUUCUUCCUCCAUUGAAAAAGGCCCAUGUGUGUUUGCUCUGGGUCACUGGGAUCAGGCGUGGAGGUGUGGCUGGCGGACUGUCCUGCCUUCCUUUUGGCCUCUGCCCACUAGGCAGACGUACGCUUAGUGGACAGGGUGGCCGUGGCUGGGUUACCGCUGCACACCUUGUCUCAGAGACCGGUCUUGACUACGGGGAGGCCUCGGAGAGAGGGCUGGGUACCUGUGCAAUGCUGUUGAGUGCAGGUGGGGCAGGAGGCAGACUCAGCCCGGGGCACCUGGGUCCUCCUCUCAGACCCUGUCCCCUGUGAGCCACUGCCCAUGUUCACCAGAAAAAUACCCCAUGGCCAGCAAACACAUUUGGCUUUGAUGUGCAACAAAUUCGAGUCAGGUCCUUGACGCGUCCUUUCCUCGCACACCCCCACCCCACCCAGAACCCUCAUGGCGCCUGUACCAUCAGGACGGGCCCACCUGGCUCCUUCUGGGGUCGCUCCUCGACCCUGAGCUAGGGGUGCAGGGGAGUGGGUGCAGCAGCCUGGGACCCCGUGGGCCUUGUGAGCAGAGGUGCGGCUGGGCGUGUUUCCUGGAGGUGAGCUAUGUUUACAAGACAACAGUGUGCCAAAGUGACUCCCUGUGGUUGCGUAUUUCUUAGUCAACGGGACGAUCCCACCCUCGCACUCCAGUUUUUACAAGUACAGAUUCUCUCUCCUAAGAGCCCUUUGAGCAAAGUGUGGCGAAGCUAGUUGUCCUCUCUGUGGUGGUCUUUCUUAUGUCUUCAUCAAAGCUAAAAUGAUGGUCUCUGUGAGUAUGUUUUGCAAAUUCAAAAUAUAGUUUGGUAAUUUUUUUUCCAGUUGAUUUUUAAAAAAGAACUGCUGUACAGAGCUUGUACUUUGUCCAUUUUAUAGAUGGAAACCAUCCUUGAAAAUUGUUUAACUUAAAUAAAGAGAAGAUACUUUAUAGAUAA